AUGCCGCCUAAACCACCGAGCAAGCGCUACAAGAGUAGCCGCAGCUCUGGCUCAUUACGUGCUGGCUACACUGACAGCAGCCGAAACUCAACUACGUCGCGCCAUGCUACCACACGAUCUCCAUCAGUUGCCAUUGUUGGCUCUUCGAGAUACCUUCGACUACAGCCAGCCGAACAAGGCGACAUCGCUAUCGUCCACUCUGGCGCUCAUGAGGUCGAUCAAGCAAUAAACCAUGACGAUGUUCACGACGACACUUUGGGUGAGAUCAUCAUGGCCGUCGAUAUGACUCCUCGCGGCACAAUAGGGUGUUGCUACUAUAUUGCCCAAGAGGAGAGGCUUUACUUCAUGGAGGACGUACAGCUUGGCGACAUCAACGUUAUUGACACUCUGAAGGGCUUCGUUGAUCCAACAGUCAUCCUUAUUUCAUCAAAAGUCGACGAUACAGUAAUUGAUCACUUAGAUCCUGAGGCCAAGAGUGACGAGUCGGUCAGUGGCAACAAAGAUCAGUUUCGACUUCCCUUUCUGUUAGACGUUCGUCCUCCAAAUGAAUUCUACUAUGACACAGCAAAGAACAAACUCAUGACCUUGGUGUUGGGUGAGGAGGGAGGUUCCCGAGUGAGCUUCAAUGUGCCAGGUGAUCAUCUCGGCGGACAUGAUGUUGAAAGUGCAACCGGACAGCAAGGCCACUUACUUCGACUUGCAGGUUGGGUUGACAUGGAAAGCUGUAUAACAGUUGGGUGCACUGGGGCACUUCUUUCGUAUCUACAACGAAGACGUGCCGCAGCAUUCUUACCAGGCGACGAAGCAGCACACAUGAUGUUUCGAGUCACAAAUCUCGAGAUGUUCAGCCUACGGGAUACCAUGUUCAUCAACGCAGAUACGCUGCAUUCGCUUGGAGUUAUUGAUGCUGAGGCGCAUCCGCAUUCGCACAACAGAGGACCAAGCGCCAGCUCCGGAGCGAAAGAAGGGCUUUCUGUAUAUGGGCUGUUCCAUCAUCUCGCAAAAACGCCACAAGGCAGAUUUCUGCUUCGUCAAUCUUUUCUACGCCCGAGUCUCAAUAUCGAUGUCAUCAACGAGCGGCUGGACGCUGUCAGUAUCCUUUCUUGCGCGGAAAACACGUCUGCUCUCGACGAUCUUGUACACAACAUGAAGAAUAUCGGCAAUAUGCGCGUGAUGAUGAUUAAUUUAAGAAAAGGUGUCGGUGGGUCCACGCCGGGGAGAAACGGUCUCUCGAAGAGCGUCUGGACCUCCGUCCGAGAGUUCGCUUUCCAUGCCCUCAAGAUCAAGGAUGCGCUGCAGAACGUUGUUUGCAGUGGUAACUUUACCAUACGGGUCAAGGUCUUUGAAAGAUUCGAAGGUUACCAUUUAGCUCAAGUUGGCCGAAAGAUCAGUGAGACCGUGGAUUUCGAAAAGUCAGGAGAGGAGCGACGAACGGUAAUUCUUCCUGGUGUUGACGAACAACUGGAUCACAUGAAAAGGACACUUGAUGGACUCGAGAGUAUACUUGACAAAGUCGCAAGUAAGCUUUCUGAGGGAACGACUGCCGACUUACGGGCAUCGUUGAACGUCAUAUACUUCCCGCAAAUUGGCUUUCUUGUCAUCGUACCACAGGACCCUACCACUGGAGCUGCGGUCUACAACGGUACUAUUGAUAACCCCUGGGAACUAAUGUUCUCUGCCGAAGGACAGGUGUAUUUCAAGACUGCUGAGGUGAGAGAAAUGGACACUCACUUCGGAGACGUAUACGGCAUCAUAUCAGAUCGUGAGAUUGAGAUCAGCCAUGGACUUGCGCAGUUUGUACUGCAGUACGAAGAGCUGUUUACGUCAUGCUCCGAUGUGUGCGGCGAGCUCGAUACCUUAAUGGCACUGGCACAGGGUGCAAAAAUGUAUAACCUCGUACGACCACACAUGAUACUUGAGAACUCCAUCCGGAUCGACAAGGGCCGUCACAUACUUCAGGAACGCACAAUAUCUUCUUUUGUUCCAAAUGACACGUUCGUCGCUGGUGGAGCAGGAGAUAACGGAUCUGAUGCAGACCAGCAACGUAGCUCCUCUAGCUAUUCGCACGGCAGUUCUGUGUCCAAUGAGGACGGACCAAGCAUGCUUGUGUUGACAGGACCGAAUUAUUCUGGAAAGAGCGUCUACCUGAAACAGGUGGCUCUGAUCAUCUUCAUGGCGCAUGUUGGGUCGUUCGUGCCUGCAGAACGCGCACAGAUCGGGCUCACUGACAAAAUCCUUUCCCGCGUUACCACACGUGAGACCGUCUCCCGCGUUCAGAGCGCAUUCAUGAUCGAUUUACAGCAAAUUUCACUCGCGUUAAACCUGGCGACCCGCAGAAGUCUUCUUAUUAUAGACGAGUUCGGAAAGGGAACAGAUGCCAGUGAUGGAGCAGGGUUAGCAUGUGCAGUCAUGGAGCAUCUCCUUAGCCUGGGCAGCGAGAGACCGAAAGUGAUUGGAGCGACUCAUUUCCACGAAAUUUUCGAGAUGGAACUGCUGAACCUGAGACCGGCACUUGCUUUCGGACAUCUCGAGGUGAAAGUCGAUGCCGAAAAAUCGCAAGUUGAUGAUCAGAUAACAUACCUUUACAACUUUCGCGAAGGAAGGAGCACCUCAAGCUUCGGCACAUCUUGCGCGGCCAUGAACGGAGUUCCUGGAGAGAUCGUCCGAAGGGCAGAAGAUUUGGUCCUUCUCUCAAUAAAAGGCGAGGACUUGGUAGCUGCUUGCUGUCAAAUGCCGGGAAACGAAGCCAGAGAACUCGAGGAAGCUGUGAGCAUGUUCAAACACUCUCAAACCCAGCUGACAUGAUCAGGAAAUGAUUGCACGGGACUUCCUGAAGGCCGACGUCUACAAGGACCCCAGAAAAACAUUGUCGGACAUUCUGGCAGUUUCAACAACCACGGACUUGCGUUCAUAGAAGGAGAUUUGGGGACACAAUGGUGCUCAUUGGCGGAUCGAUCGAUUAUGAAUCGUGCGGAGGUCGUAAGCUGCAGAUGUCAGCAUUAUGCUAUUGGCUCCGUAGAGCUUCAAAUUCAACAAGGUGUUUCAAGCUUCC